CAAGCUCUUGCUCAGCGAGCUUCGGUGCAUUCUGCGGAUGGGUGGGGCAAACCUGAGACGAGAAGAAUACCGGGAUCAUAAGAUAGCUCCCGUCACUGUCGUGUCAGCUUCAGGCAUACAUGUUAGGAUUGUUCAAGGCUAUGUUGAUGGCGACAAGGAGUGCGUCUUCGUGCGAAAGUCACGUAUUAUCAAUAUCGAUGGAAACGAACAGGAGAACUUGGAGGAACUCGUGAAUAUCGCUUGUUGGCUCUUAGGAAGCCCAUGCAGAAAAACAGAGAUCCUUAGUUAGACCGUAACUAAGUAGAGGCCGAGGUUACGGCACCGCCCUUAGAGACGGACAUAACUGAGAUAGCUUCAGUAACCCUCCUUUCCAUCACCCCUGUAUAUUUCCUUGACACGCGCACAUUUAUACGAACAUAUCAGAUUACAAGACACCGGGAUAGCUAGGUACCAGAGAAUUAAAUCCUUAUUUGUUACCAUGAAGGUUGCGAAGCAAAGAGGUAAUUAGUUGUAGAAUAUAUUUAUCUCAGCCAGCACUAUGUUUGAAGGCGGGAGAGAUUUCGUCUUCCUCUUACAACAACACCCAUAGCUAUAUAAAUCCU